AUGGAGUCCCGCACGCCAGUCCCUCUUCUCCCUGAGCAGACUUUUGACUGGGAGGUCAAGCAAAACAUGGCUGAGCUUUCUCUCUGGACCGUUGUGGCCGCCAUCCAAGCAGUGGAGAGGAAAGUCGACGCUCAUGCCAGCCGGUUGCUGAACCUGGAGCGCCGUGUGAUGACCAACGAAAAGAAAUAUGUGGACUGCGAAAAUGCAGUGGUGGACUUUGGCAACCAGAUGGAGUGCAAGUUGACUGCUCUGGGUACCCUAAUCCAGGAAUAUGGGCUGCUCCAGAGGAGGCUGGAGAACAUGGAGAACCUCUUGAAGAACCAGAACUUCUGGAUCCUCAGACUUCCCCCAGGCUCCAAGGGAGAAACGCCCAAGGUGCCCAUGACUUUUGAAGACAACACUGUCUACUUCUCGGAGCAGGAGUGGGGUAACCUGGAGGAAUGGCAAAAGGAACUCUACAAGAACGUGAUGAAGAGUAACUACGAGUCACUGGUCUCCCUGGAUGAUGAAGUCGCUCAGACGUCCUUCAGAUCCCAAGGGAAGCGAGAUCUGGAACGGAACCUGGAGGGCCCGGACCUCUUGGACAAAGGCGAGAUGCAUGUUCGGCCGAACAUGGGUGGGCAGUACGAUCCUGAAUACAGGCAGUCCUCAGCUUAUGACCAUUUGUUUAGCCACAAAAGUUUCGACAGCAUUGAAAAACGGGACUUGACAACCGUCACAGCAUUCCCAGGGCGAUCUGGGCACCCAGUGCUACUGCAAUCUGUUGAAGAAGAAGAGGGACAGAAGACUCCAACAUCCUUGAUGGCCUGUAGGAAUGCUCUUCUGCACGAUGCCACAGAUGACCCUGAGCAGAAAGCAUAUGCAAAAGGAUGCCUUGUUCAGUGUGGCAAAUGCACUAAGAACUCCACGCACCAGGAGACCUUGCCUGAUCACCAGUAUAGCCGCAAGCGAAAAUUCCAGUGCACAGAAUGCAAUAGAAGUUUUGCUUUUGAGGGACAGCUGUCCCAACACUUGCUAAUACACGUACCUGGGACACAGUUCCAUUGUACUGAAUGUAAUUUGUGUUUUUCUAGCCAAAAGGCGCUUACUGUGCACGAGCGUGUUCAUGCAGUGGACUGGCCGCUGCACUGUUCUGCAUGCAACAGGACAUUUUUGGACACUGCAGCAUUUGACCAGCACCAGCUAUCUCAUGCUCCAGGCCAGGUUUGUCGGUGUGUGGAGUGCAGCGUUUACUUUACCGAUCCAGCAGCUUUGGCAGAACACAAGCGAAUGCACUCAGAAGACUGGCCUUUCCGGUGUGCUCAGUGUGACCGAACCUUUGUCCAUGAGGGCUUACUGUUGGAACACCUUCAGAAUCAUAGCCGGACAAGGAGUCGCCGCUGCCAUAUCUGUGGCUCAUGGCUAUCCUACAAGGGUUUGCUGAAGCAUACUGGGGCCCAGUUGUAUCACUGCAAGAAGUGUAAUACUUCUUGCCAGGUUCAGGGGUCUGACUCAGUGACUAUGAGUGUUAAAAAUGCAAAGAAGCCAGGCAAAGGUAGUUCUUAG